CAUGCAAUCAUGUAUCGUUCAAGCUGACGAGGACCCUCUUAAAACUGCCGAGACUGAUGAUACCACCAACAUAGUCGUCGUCAUGGCUGCCUCCAGCAGGUCACUCAGUUUAGGUCUGGACCUCGUCUUGAAUUCGGCUUGCGCCUGCAGCGCUGUUUGGCGGUGUGCGAAGUCGGAGCAUGGGCGCUUUCUGUCGCGCGACCCCUGAACGUGGUUGCCCGGUAGAUUGAUGUCUUGGAGGUUGCGUUGUGUGGCGGCGUGACCGCGCCAGAGUCUUCUGGCAUUGUUGGUUGUAUUGGAGGAACCGCUGAUUAGGGUUUUGAGGCUUUCCGGCGUUUGCAGUGGAGGGGUUGGCGGGUCGGAGUCGCGAUCGGGUGCUUCGAGGAGGUCGGCAGCGGGAGCGUGGGGAAGAAUACGCGAGGCAGGGUGCGGAGAAAAUCCGGUCAGGAUGUCGAUAUCCAAGACGUCCAAGUUGUUACUGUACAUAAACUGGCGUAUGCGGGUGACGAUACAGGACGGGCGGCAGCUGGUUGGCAAGUUCAUGGCAUUCGAUCGCCACAUGAACUUGGUGCUGGGUGAUUGCGAGGAGCUGCGACGCGUGCCGCCGAAGAAGGGGAAAACUCAGGAGGAGAGGGAAGAGAGGAGGACGUUGGGGCUGCUGCUUUUGCGCGGGGAGGAGGUGAUUUCGAUGACGGUGGAGGGGCCCCCGCCACCGGACGAGUCCAGGGCGAAAGCAGCCGCAGCUGCCGCGGGAGGUCCCGGGGUGGGGCGUGCCGCAGGGCGUGGAAUCCCGACUGCACCUUUGAACCAGGCUCAGCCAGGGCUGGCAGGGCCUGCGAGAGGAGUGGGCGGGCCUGCCCCGGGGAUGAUGCAGCCGCGACCUCAGGUUUCGGCAGCUCCCGUGACUUACACACCCCCGUCCGGUCCGAUGCCGGGAGUGAGACCUCUCGGGCCUCCACCCCCAGGGCAAUUCGCUCCCCGCCCAAUGCCGGGGCCGCCAGGCGCACCUCCUCCAGGGAUGCGGCCUCCAGGGCAGAUGAUGCAAGGGCCCCCCGGACAAGGGCCUCCUCAAGGCUACGGGCAAGGUCCUCCUGGAGGAAGACCAAUGCCGCCUCCUCCCGGACCUCCUCCGCAGAUGUCUGGACCAGGGAUGGCAGGUCCGUAUGGACAGCGGCCGAUGGGUCCUCCUCCGAUGAUGCGCGGGCCUCCGCCAGGGAUGGGAGGGCCCGGGGGUCCUCCACGACCUGGAAUGCCCCCCGGCAUGCAGGGACCUCCAAGACCCGGGAUGCCUCCUCCUCCCGGUGCACCCCCGGGGAUGUAUGGGCCGCGGCCUGGGAUGCCUCCUCCUCAGCAACAGCCGCCGCCGCAGUGAGGCGAUGGGGGACACGGAGAUGGGCAGGAUACGAGGAAGACAAGCGAUUGUCAGCACGAGCUGCACCAGCACCACCACAGGUGGCAUGCAUGAGCACGAGAGAUCCAGCUCCAGCGCGAGGAGAAGAGAUGGGUAGAGGAGGCAGCGGUCCCUGGGGUAUAAUCUUAUUGCACGAUGGAGACGAAACGCAAGGGGCUAGGCAGGGGUCGGAGGAAAGGAUCCGUGGAUGUGGAGGGCUGGUGUAGAGUAAAGGCCGUAACCGGGACAACCUGCAGGUAGGAGCUUCACGUCGCUCGGUUGGGACGGUGCAAGAAGGAGAGAAUGAUGAUGUAGGAUGCAGAUUUUUGGGCGAGGGAUACUUGUGCUGCGUUGCACUUUGUGUUUUGGAGCAUGGGUGUGAGUCGAGGAAGGCGAUUGAGGCGGGAGAGUGGUGGAGGUGGAAUGUGUGAACGAUUAUGCAAUGGUUGGUUGGGUGUAGGAGUUUGCUGUGGAGUUUGUGAAGGAGGGUCUCGGUUGUCAAGCACAACUCUGGUGAUUCUGCCCGUGCCAGCGUGUAGUGCAGCAGACUGAUUUUGAGUUUGAUAUACAGAUUGCGUCCUGCUGCGCUUUGUUUCGGAACCUCAUUUGUAAAUCAUUGGGUCUUUGGGACAACCCCUCGUCCUCUCUGCUGGCUUUAUAUUAUUGUAAAUGUGCUUUAAUGGAAGGGACGUGAAUUUGGCUUUGUGCA